UCCUCAUUUCCAAUCACGUUUGUCAAAGGAAGUUGUGUCAAAGCCUUGAAUCAUGCGUACGGCUUGUCGCUGCGCUAUAAGCAGUUAUCUGAUUAAUGCGACUUAGUCGCCAAGGGUCUAGUUGUAUCAGAAACAUGACGGGGAGAUAAAGAUGUCAUCUGACAGUGUGAAAGUUGCUGUGAGAGUCCGUCCCUUCAACCAGAGAGAAAAGAAUGCCAACUCCAAGCUGGUGAUAUCCAUGAGGGGUAAUGCAACCACCAUAACAAACCCUCAAAAUGGAGAAACUAAGACAUUUGCCUUUGACCAUUCCUACUGGUCACAUGAUGGGUUCAAAGAAAACGAGACAGGUGUUUAUAUUAAGGAGAAGGAAAGUUAUGCAGAUCAGCGACAGGUCUACAAUGACCUGGGUCAAGGGGUGCUGGACAACGCCUGGCAGGGCUACAAUGCCGCCCUCUUUGCUUACGGACAGACAGGCUCAGGGAAAUCCUACUCCAUGGUGGGAUACGGCCCUAACAAGGGAAUCGUACCCAUUACAUGUGAUGAACUUUUCAAGGCAAUUGAUAAAAAUACUGAUAAGAAAAAACAAAUGCAGGUGACGUUCAGUAUGUUAGAGAUAUAUAAUGAACAGGUCCGCGAUCUCCUGACUCCUGCCAAACAGCAGCAGAAGGGGGGCCUCAAAGUUCGCCAGCACCCCAAAUCUGGCUUCUAUGUGGAUGGACUGAAGUCGGUGCCAGUCCGCAGUUACAAUGAGAUUGAGCGCCUGAUGGAUCAGGGAACACUGAGUAGGACAACUGCCGCCACUAACAUGAAUGCCACCAGCAGCAGAUCCCAUAUGGUCAUCACCAUUAGGUUCAAACAGUUGUAUAUGAAUGAACUGGGGGAGAGCACCACUAAGACCAGUGAGGUCAGUCUUGUCGACCUGGCAGGCAGCGAGAGAGCUGACUCCACUGGGGCAGAGGGAGACAGAUUGAAAGAGGGCGCUGCUAUCAACCAGAGUCUGUCCACGCUGGGGAAUGUUAUCAGUGCCCUAGCUGACCUGGCCAUGGGGAAGAAGAAAGUAAUGGUGCCGUACAGAGACUCUGUCCUCACCAAACUUCUCCAGUCAGCUCUGGGAGGUAACAGCAGGACCAUCAUGAUAGCAGCCCUGAGCCCAGCAGCAAUUAACUAUGAUGAAACAUUAUCAACACUUAGAUAUGCUGACAGGGCCAAGAAGAUCCAGAACAAAGCUGUGAUCAACGAGAGUCCCACAGAGAGGCUGAUCCGAGAGCUCAAGGAGGAAAACAACAAGCUGUUAGCCAUGUUGAAGGCACAGGGAACGGGAGUCAAGGCUGUCGUGAAAACAGAAGAACUUGAACGUCUGCUACAAGAGAAUGAGCGUCAAAUGCAGGAAGCUCAGUUGUCAUGGGAACAAAGAUUAGAAGAAGCAAGGAAAGAAUGGGAGAAGUCUCACGCCCAGGAGCUUCAUCCUGAGGAUCUUACCUGGCAGCACUUCCCGUACCUGAGGAAUGUCAAUGAAGACCCUCACCUGUCAGGAGUAGUCAAAUAUGCUUUGCAAAACAAAGAGUAUGUCAUUGGCAAGCCAGGGAAUGGAGUCAGUAUAGAGCUACAUGGAUUAGGGAUCCAGCCUCAUCAUGCCGUAAUGUGCAAUACUGGACAAAAGGUGUUGAUAAGGCCCGCUGUCCAACAAGCUAAAUUAUUGGUCAAUGGUGUUCCUCUGCAAAAGGAGAGAACUCUGACACAUCUGGACCGCAUAAUGCUUGGCUCCAGCAGUCUGUUCCUCUACGUCGGCUUCCCCAGCGAACGCGCACAGCACGAGAACCUGGAGCAGUAUGACUUCGAAUUCUUUCAGACAGAAUUCGCAGAAGAGUCUGGAUUUCAUACGAACAGUUUACUGACCCCCAGGGAAGGUCACCAUGACCCCAAUGAGGACAAGUCUGCAAUGAUGAUGGUGCUACAUGAAUAUAUGAACUUACUGCCAAAAAUUGAAGAGGCAAAAGUGAUGAGUCAAGAAAUGCAGAAGGGUGUCUCCUUUGAGCCAGAGGUGAAAAAUCUAGCAGCACAUGAUGAAGUUGGGAGAGAUAUGAAGAAAGAAGUUAUUGUUAAAGUAACCAAUGAGAAAACCAAGCAGGUGUGGGUGUGGUCAAAGGCAAAGUUUAUCAACAGGAAGUUUCUGAUAGAAGACAUGUAUACCAAAUGGUGUAAUGGAGAGAGUAUUGCCAUAGACAGACAUCAUGACCCUUUCUGGGACCCUGUGGAAGAUGUAUUUCUGGGGAGCUGUCACCUGUGGCUGCAGAGUCUGGCCUACAAGAUAGAAACUAAUGACCAACUGGACAUCAUUGACCAUCACGGGCGAGAGGAGGCCAUGAUCCACAUCAAGAUGCUGCCCUGUGACCACACGGGAAAAGUAUUGAGUGAUGACUCCCUGGUGCUAGAUCCUGCAGAACUGAUAGGGCACCCACUGGACUUUGUCUUUGUCAUAGACCACUGUAUGGGUGUGAAGUGGGUGAGAGGGAACAACCUGGCCAGAGGGGUGUACUGUGGGUUCCGAUUUUUUGGACAGCCAGACCUGAUCACUACCAAGACCAUGUGGGGAAACAGCAAUGCUAAGUUUCACUUCAAAAAACACUUUUCCAUAGAGAAGGUGACCCCAGAGUUCCACGACUAUCUGCAAACACAUGCCAUUAUCAUAGAGCUCUGGGGAACACAAGUGGACCCCGACUCGGGCAGUGCUUCCUCUAGACCCAGCUCCGGCUCCCUGGCUGACCACACAGAUGAGGAUCCUGAGGUAGCUGAACUCAGGAGAGUUCUUAAAAGACAAACAGAGGAGUGUGAUCAUCUAAGAGCAGCUUAUCAGAAAGCAAAGAAAGAAAACUUCAAGCUGAAACAGCAAGUGGAAAGACAUAAAAAUGCACUGGAGUUGCAAAAACUAGAUCAUCAGGAGACCAUUCCUCACCCUGUGAACAGCCGCGUGGCUCACUUACAGCGAGAUCAACAUGGAGGAAGUCAUGACUCCAUCAACUCCAACUCCUCCACUGGUAGCAGCCAUGAACCUCCUCCUCCUAAACAUCCCUCCACCAGUUUAGAUGCAGAGAUUGCCAAGGGUCUUAAGGUCUUUUUCAAAGAUGUCCGCCAUGUUCAGAGGGGCUUAAAAAAUGUGAAGGAGUUAGGGACCACAAAUAGUUCAGCAGAUAAUGGGAAUGUAAAAUCAUUAUUUGAGGAGCAACAGAAAGCACUUCAUGACAUAGAUGAGCAGUUGAAUGCUGCAGUGUCUGCUCUCAAAGUUACCGUCACCAGUGUUAUCAAGAAGAAAAAACAGCAGACAGAUCCUAGCUAGCGCUCUCUACCUGUAUGACAUAAUGCAUAAUACACUUUUCCCCAAAUUUGCCUAUAAAAAUCUGAUUUUUUUCUUGCAAAAAAAACUUGUGAAAGGGAAACAAAAAAACUGUUGCAUAAUUACUUGUUAGAACUUGUCAGGGUGGUCUAGCUGGUUCAGUUAGGUGCUGCUCCGUGUGAAGAUUAUCAGUGUUCUUGUGCAAGGUUAUGUUAUCUUGUAAAAUGGUUAAUUUAUAGUAAUUUACUCUGGAAUCAAACAUUAUACAUAGCUGGAGAUGAUGUUAAUUAUUUUUCUGUUAUUUAUUUAUUUUUGAUUUAUCUAUUUAUUUAUAUCAGUAGUACAUUUUAUACUGACUACUUAUCGGGUAUUUUAAUAAGAGCAUCUGUUAUUGUACCUGCGUGAAAAAAGAAACACUUUUAGGUAAAGUUUAUUUUUACUGCUAGGAGAUUUUUACAAGCAAUUAAGAAUCAAAAUUUCUGAGCACUUUAUUUUAUUUUAUGAGUUCAUAUUUAUCUAAUCUAGACCCGAUUUUUUUACUUCAAAAAGUUUGUUUUGCUAGAAAAUGUGAUCCUUUUAACAAUGGAUAAUUUGAUCAAGGUGCCAAAAUAACUUGCCGCUACAGUAUAAAUAAAGCCAGGGUAAACAAGGAAAAUAUAAAUUAAAAGCAACUGUGAUAAACCCCAUGACACUGUUAGCUAAGGGUAAUGCUUGUUCUACGACAAUCAUUGUAAACUAUUCAAUAAACAUGAAAAUAAAGUAUAAAUAUUUUCCUGUU